CACCACAGUGCUGACUGGUCAGGAGAUUACUUUUCCAUAACGACAGCUCUCAUGAUGAUAUGGUGAAGAUUUCUAUAAGGAGAUUAUUUAAAAAAUGUAUUUAUUUAUUGUUUAUUUAAAAAUAUAUUUUUUUGGAAGGACUCUCCAGUGUCAGCACUUUGUAAAGGUCUCCAGGACAGAGGAGAGGCUGAUGAGAGAACGGCUGUUCUAGCAAGAACUUGUUUCGUGGACGUUUCACAAUAUUAAAAUGUAAGUAUAAAUGGAUAAAAAAAGUACGACUUGUUCUAUAACCAUUAAGAAAUUGCUAGUGUUGGGAAAUUGCUGUAGUAUAAGAGGAAUAAAACAUGCUGUUAUAGGAAAAAAUAAUCAAUGAUGAAGUGGUGUGAUGAAGUGGAAUUACUGUAACCACAGCAAAGCUGAUUAUUUUCUAUUAACAGGAUGUAAGUGGGGUUUUUUUUUGUUGUUGUUCCCGUUAUACUACAGAAAUUUGUGAAUGCUAACUAUGCUUUUAUUUAUUUUAAAAAAUUGCCAUACUUUUUUUUUUUUAUCUCUUUAUGGUUACAUUUAAUGUUAUGGAACGUCCAAAAAGUUCGUUCCUGUUAUCACUUGUUAUAUCAUCUUAUCCUCUCUCUUUCUUGAAGAAAAAAUUGCAGCUUGUCAUGUCAUGGAGAAACCACAACACUAGUCUCAUCACUCCCAAAGAUUUUUAGGGUGUGUCUCAAUCAGUUCCCGAAUUCAGUAGUCAGGGCGCCAAUCAGGGGGUCGGACAUUUUAACCACUGCCUUGUUCACGAAAUCCUUCCAGUGCGCUGGAAAAAUCCCAGAAUGCACAGCAAAAACAAGGGAGUUGGGGUGUCCCAACUCGUGUACACUAUAUACUGAUUCAACACCUAGGGAGCUGAUUGAGACGCACCCUUAAAGUUCCACUGACACUGGAGACUCCUUCCAUCAAUAAUUUCCUCAUAAACAUCUCCUUAGAGAAAACUUCACCAUAACAACGAUUACACACGUCCUUGUGAAUGAGCUGUCAUAAGAUUGUCAGCAGAAAAUCAAUCAAUCCUCCCCUUGUGACCAAUCAGAAUCGAGAACAGAACAGCUUCGACUCAAGCUAGAUUCCCGGAUGUGACCACGAUCUCUGAUUCGUCCAUGGACAUAUUCUUUUUCAAACCAUAAAUCAACAACACCAGCAGGUAUCUUUACUCUUCCUGUUUACUCUUUGCUUAUAUUUUCUCAUUUGUAAGUCGCUUUGAAUAAAAACGUCUGCUAAUUGAAUAAACGUAAAUGUAAAUGUUUACCUAUCGUUUUGAGAGGGUUCUGAUGUAAUGUGGCCACUCGGACGCUAGGUGGAGAUAUUAGCAUAACAACCGCAAACCGUUACUAACUCUAUAACAACGAAGAAGAAACAGGAGUCGCGGAUAGGCGAAGAAGAGCCCUUAGAGUUGAUUUGGGAUCAGCGACGAAGCUCGCCUGCAGUGUUUAUAAACAGGGAUUAGUGAGCACUCUCUGACCCCAGAUCAGUUUAAACAAGACCGUUAUGGUUUACAAGAGGGAGUGAGAUUCACGCGCACGUGGAAAGUUUGGCUGGCUCGUUUAUUAUGAAACACAAAAUAAGCAUGUUUUAAAAACAAGUGUAGACAUCAUAAAGAGGUUCCCCCCCCCAUCCCAUUUGCUGCAGUGUGGGAACUGAGACCAGUUUGUAAAGUGGCUAAGAAAAAGUCAACGUCCACUGCUGUGGCAGGAGGAGGUGAGAAAAAUACUCCAUCAUCAUCCUCCUCAGCAGCAGCAGUGAUGAAGAAGAAGAAGAAGAAGAAGAACAAACAAGGAAGACUGAUAAAAUGCAACAUCUGUUUGCACCAGUACACAUCCCAGAACCUGGAUAAACACAUGCACGGCCGCUCACACCACGAGGCGAUCGAGAGGCUUAAAGGCGGGGAGCAGAUGCACAAGUGUUGGGCGUGUGAUGUGUCCGUGCCGGGCUUGGAGCGGUUCAGGAAACACAUUGAAACCGUAGCGCACAAGCACAAGCUGCUUUCCCUGAAGAAGCGCAGACAGAGCGGCUUUACCGUGGAUUACAGUAACGACGAGCUGCAUGCGCUCUGUGCUCAGAGAGAUCGGAACCGCUCCAUGUUAAAACAGCAGAAGAAUAAAGAGAAGCUGAAAAAGCUGAAAGAAAGAAUGGCGGCGAAUUUCCAAGAAGCGUCUAAUUGGAAGUCACGGAUGAAAGAUCAGGACUGGAGGACACUGGGUAAAGGUUUCGGCCCACCGGGAUCACGAUCCAGGUGGAGUGACGAUAAAAGUGUCGCGUAUCCAGUUAAUAAUGAAAAUAAACAGGGAAGGAUAAACGCAGAACCUGGUCUCGGGUCUAUAAGCAACGAAAGAGCCCAGACUAUAGGUUGGAACGAUUUUUGUUUUCAGACAUCAAAGCCCAUCACAUGGCCCCUGAAGAAAGAUGUGGACUUCACAGGUGAUCCGUUAGCUCAGUCCAGGAAGGAGGAAGGUGAAUCACGGCAGAACCAGUGCACAUCCAGAGAGCAGGGUAAAGACGUGCUGGGUCAGAAGAGAUCACGUGAUGCACACACCUCUGAUUCUCCACCCGUGAAGAAGCAACGUUUAAGAGAUGUUCCAUCCAUGAAGCCUAGAUUAACUCCGUCUGUUUGUGGUGAAAAAGUGGAGAGCGUGCGUACGAGUCAGUCCGCAUCCGCUCCUGCACCGCUCUGUGCUCCAGAGCUGGUCCAGAGUCGAAUGGAGCACUUGUGCGUAAUGCUGAAGAACAUCCGGAAGUCUCUGGACGAGGAGCAUCUGCCUGUCGGUUCUUCACAGCACCCCGAUCCCGAGCUCAGACCUGCGACCGGCGACGGAUUAAAGCGAACCGAGCACGGAAGAGAAACGCCACUUCCAGACGGUCCGCAGUUCGUUGACGCGGGCGAGACCAAGACGGAGUCAUCUCCACGCAAACAGGUGAACAGCCUUCCAGCAUCCGGUGCUGACCCGCAGGAGAAACCAGAAGCUACCCAGACCAGGAACGUCCUCCCGACGUUGUUGAGUCGAUCGGUCAGCAAAACGGAAGCCAACAAACCCAACCUGAAAGUGGCCCGGGGAAUCCGCACGUCCCAGAAGCCGAGCCAGGCCGCCGAGUCACGGGUGCUGAAGCCGGCGCUGCAGAAGCUCAUCAGCUCGAAGAGCUCGCAGUGGCGUAUCAACUGGGAGGAGAUUUAUCAGGAAGCGACACACAGGAAACUGCAGAGAGAGAAGGGCAUGCCCAGGUUUGGGAUUGAGCUCGUGUCUCCGUUACCUCCUGACCCACAAGGACUCGUGGCUGAAGAUCUUGCGCACUUGGAGUUAGACGAAGGCUUCCAGUGGGCGUCCGUCGAGUGCGAUGCUGGAACUCUACCUCGCUCGGUCGGCCCGUCGAGCAAAGACGCCUGUAGUUUCCCUCCGGCCGAGGCCUAUCCCGCCGAGAGACACGACCACGGAAAGACCACGGAAACCACAAAUCACACUUCAUGGCCAGUGGAACAGGAAAGAAGAGAUGUCGGAGAGAAUCGCAGCACCUCGGGGAUCAGCAGAUCAGCAGCGUUUGUUACAGAUCGGCUGGAAAUCCGUGAUCUUAAUGACGAUAAUACAUCAGACAACCGAGCUUUAGGAAGACGACAAAACUUAACACCACUAGGCAGUCUGGCUUGUGUAAAGACGGAGAAAUGGGAUAAUUAUUGCACAGAGCAGGGCAAACCUGACCACGACAGAAUCCAGUCCAUCCCUGAUACGCAAAUAAAACAGGAAAAGCAGGAUUUUCCUAACGCAGCAACACACAUCAGAAAUCCUCCGAAAAGUCAGGUGAGCGAACUGUUAGUCAUGUCUCUGAGAGAGGACGAGUUGUGCAGCUCUCUGGAGGACGUGGACGGUCGACUGCUCCGGGCUCAAGCUGCCCUACAGUCUGCCUUCCUGGAAGUUCAGCACCUUCAGAUGAUCAAACAGCAGGUAACUGCAGAGAUGUCCUCCCUCAGAAGUAAACGUAUAGGCAUCCUGCAGAGAAUAAAAAAUUCCGGACUUGACCGAACAUCCGCUGCGGGUUCUCUCGGUUUCUCUCGGAGAGCUGCAGGUCCGUCGAGGCAGCACCAGGACGCGGCGCCGGAUCGCUCGUGUCAUACCGACGGAGACGAUCAGAGACGCACUGAUUUAGCUCCAGUCUCCGAGUCAAGAAAGACACACAGCGAGCCCCCCGAAAGCACCGUCACACACACUCGUCAGCUCGGCGCUCAGGCGCGGCCGAAUACCAGCCUGUGAUCGUCGCUCGGUUGCGCGUGUCGACGCGACUGCAAAUCUCCGCUGCUGUAUUGUAAAAAAUAAAUAAACGUCAGAGUGACUGGAAGGAUGAGCUCGAUCCUGUUAGAAGUCCUCCGUGCGUAUGGGGGACGUUUCUGAAGAGCAUUAUUGGCUGUGUGCUUUAAAAGGGCUUAUUUUUUUUUCCGAUCAUAUUUUUCUAAACAGCGCACUGAAGUGUUCUUUUUGCGCCAAUGUUAUGUGGGG